CUGGUAAGGGAGAUUGUUUCUGCUUUCAGGUAUGAGGUGCGGUAAUGGAGAGUUUCAAGACCCGGUUUGAUUUCUCCAACCCUCUUGUCCAAGCCCAGACGGUGAGAACUCUUGUUGCUGCUGUGCUGAAGGAAAAAGGCUCAAAUGGGCAAAUCACCCAGUCCUCCACCCAGGGCCCAGCAUUGGAGGCUCUCUGGGAGCAGUGCAGCAGUGACUGCGCUCUGGUGCGUUCAACAUGCUGUGAUGCCGUGGUGCUUUUAGUGGAUCAGGGCCAUGCAGACCUGCAGUUCAUUCUCAACAGUGUCCUCAACCUCCUGCCUUCUGCCAGGUACACACUCUCAGCUUCUUUUCCAGAGUGUUGUUUUUUACUUUCGCUAUAUGACAAAUUUUCA